AUGUCCAAGCGCAUGAACAUCCUCGUUUACUCUGGAAAUGGCAGCACUGUCGAGUCAGUCCGACAUUGUCUCUAUACCCUUCGGAGACUCCUGGCUCCUCAUUAUGCUGUCAUCCCAGUCACUGGCGACAUGCUUAUCAAGGAGCCCUGGACAGCAAGCUGUGCUGCUGUGGUCUUCCCAGGCGGGGCUGAUCAGGGCUAUUGCAAAACACUGAAUGGUGAGGGUAACAGGCGUAUUCGACAGUUCGUCGAGCGCGGUGGUCUUUACAUUGGCUUCUGCGCCGGCGGCUAUUAUGGCAGUAAGAGAUGUGAAUUCGAGGUAGGAAACAAGGUCCUGGAGGUUGUUGGGGAUAGGGAGCUUGCUUUCUAUCCCGGCACGGCUCGAGGAUGCGCAUUCUCGGGCUUUGUCUACCACAGUGAAAAAGGGGCGCGGGCCGCCGAGUUAAAAGUGGAUAAGAGCACGUUGUCUGAAGGGGCCAUUCCGGAUGUUUUCAAGUCCUACUACAACGGAGGCGGCGUCUUCGUUGACGCGCCCAAGUACAAGGACCAGGGCGUCGAAGUCCUCGCCAGCUAUACGGAACCUCUCGCCGUUGACUCUGGCGAAGGCGUAGCUGCCAUUGUCUAUUGCAAAGUCGGCCAAGGUGCGGCAUUACUGACCGGUCCUCAUCCAGAGUUUGUCUUCCUAGGAAAACCAGCAGACAACUGGUCACUGACGAAGCCUAGGUUUGCUGCAGCCAACCUUGAGCCAAAACCGAAUGCUCCAGGAUUCGCCGACGUUAUCAAAUCUCUGGCCGAAGAUGAGAAACACAGAAUGGAUUUCAUCAAAGCGUGUCUGACGAAGCUUGGUCUUACCGUGAGCGGGGAGCAAAAUGUACCCUCCCUCUCUUAUAUGCAUCUUUCUUCGUCCGACCCCACAGACACCACUGGUAUCAUCUCGUCCUUGGACCAUGUCAUCGAGAAGGAUGAACAUGGUCACGAGUUUCUCAAGGACGACAAUGAUACCUUCCAGAUUUUGAAACCAUCCGUCUGGAAAAUGGUUGAUUUAAGCAAAGCUUUACCCUCGGAUCCAGAGUCGAAGGAACCUGCUGACCAAAACGAUGGCAGCUCCGACCGCAUAGUCGACUAUAACACGGUGACCAAGAAGAUCAUCGUGCAUGAAGAUGAUCAUCCUCAGCCAAGGUCGACUCCGUAUUUCAAUCACUCCGCUUUCUAUUCAAACCUCCACAAAUAUCAAUCUCAAACUCCUGGUGCAGUGAAUUUUGGUGCGCAUCUGCUAUACGGCGAAGUGGUUACGUCGACCAAUACAUUGCUCGAGAAAAACACACGGCUACUUCGAGUUCUUCCUCAGGGGUUUACGGCGACAGCGACCGUUCAGGUUGCCGGUCGAGGCAGAGGGUCCAAUGUCUGGGUAUCACCGGCAGGGAGUUUGAUGUUCAGUACCGUCAUUCGGCAUCCGAUGGCCCAGAUGCAGUCUGCCCCCGUCGUCUUCGUCCAGUACUUGGCAGCAAUUGCGAUCGUCAACGGCAUAAAAACUUACGACGGCUCACUCUACAAGGACAUGCCAAUCAAGCUCAAGUGGCCAAAUGAUAUUUUUGCCCUCGAUCCAACAAAGGCAAAAGAGAACGGUGGUGACAGGAAUGAGAAUUAUACCAAAAUCGGUGGUAUCCUGGUUAACAGCCACUACAAUACCAAGGAAUACAUUGCUGUCUGUGGGAUCGGGUUGAACACCGCAAACGCCGCGCCAACCACGUCGUUAAAUCAACUUAUUCAAUUCCUCCCGCGCAAGGUGGACCCAUUUACGUUGGAAAAGCUACUUGCCAGAAUAUUGACCGUGUUUGACGAUUUAUAUGCUCGGUUUUUGGUGACCGGUUUCGACGAGGUCAUGGAGCAGAUGUACUACCGACACUGGCUCCACAUGGACCAGAUCGUUACGCUCGAAGCCGAAGGUGGUCAACGUGCCAGGAUCAAGGGUAUUACCAGAGAUUAUGGGCUGUUGAUUGCAGAAGAACUGGGAUGGGAAGACCGUGAGACCGGCAGGAGAUGGACAUUGCAAAGCGACGCGAAUAGCUUUGACUUUUUCAAAGGUUUAGUCAAGAUAUAA